GUCAUUGAUUAUGGUACCGAGGUUGUGGAGUAUAAAAAGCGACGAAACACGUGUUUCAUUCUCUUUACAAACUUCCAAUUUCCGAGAAUAAAUCGUCUUUAAACCAAACGCGGAAAUCCUUAAGCACACGAUGCCUAGGGAAGACAGGAAAACAUGGAAAGCGAAUUACUUCGUUAAACUUAUUAACCUCUUGGAUGAAUAUCCAAAAUGCUUCAUUGUCGGCGCCGACAACGUCAGUUCGAAGCAGAUGCAACAAAUUCGAACCUCUCUCCGUGAGAAGGCUGUUGUGUUGAUGGGGAAAAACACAAUGAUGAGGAAAGCCAUCAAGGGUCAUCUCAACAAUAACCCGGAUCUUGAGAGACUUCUCCCUCACAUUCGUGGAAAUGUUGGCUUAGUUUUCACCAAAGAAGAUUUGAUCGAAACCAGAGAUUUACUUCUCGCCAACAAGGUUGCUGCACCUGCCAGAGCUGGAGCCGUGGCCCCCAAUGAUGUCAUCGUCCCCGCACAGAACACUGGCUUGGGUCCCGAGAAAACUUCUUUCUUCCAAGCGUUGGCAAUUCCAACCAAGAUUUCAAGGGGAACCAUUGAAAUUAUCAGUGACGUUCACUUGAUCAAACCUGGUGAUAAAGUUGGAGCUUCCGACGCAACAUUGUUGUCGAUGUUGAAGAUCUUCCCUUUCACUUACGGGCUUGAGAUCGAACAAGUGUACGACUCUGGUAGUGUGUUCAGCCCAGAGGUCUUGGACAUCACGGAUGACGACAUUCGACGCAAGUUCACCAACGCUGUGCGCAAUGUUGCCUCCGUGUGUCUCGCCAUCGGUUACCCAACCGUUGCAUCGGCGCCUCAUUCGAUCAUCAAUGGUUUCAAGAAUAUCUUGGCUGUCGCUGCUGAGACGGAAAUUACUUUCCCAGAAGCUGAAAAGAUGAAGGCUUACUUGGCUGACCCGACAGCAUUCGCGGUGGCUGCUGCUCCUGCGGCUUCAGAUGAAAAGAAAGAGGAAGCAAAGCCAGCUGAGGAGUCCGAGGAAGAAUCGGAUGACGACAUGGGAUUCGGGUUGUUCGAUUAAACAACAUUACAAUGCAGCCACGCGCUUGGAAGCGUUACGGCGCAAUGUGUUUGAUUUGAAACCCGUUGCUCAAUAAAAUAUAACUUGAAA